CACUACCUCACUCCAACGCUCUCGUUCUCUCUCUCUCUGGCUUUUCCGGCGAUGCAGGGCCUACGUCGUUGCUCCAACGACGUCGUCCAUCUCGGACUCUCCCCCUCCCCUCCUCCACCAAACCCUUCCUCCCUCUCCAUCGACGUCGCCGAGUCCGCCGAGACUCGCAUCCGCCGCCUCAUCUCCGAGCACCCCGUCAUCAUCUUCAGCCGCACUUCCUGCUGCAUGUGUCACGUCAUGAAGAAGCUCCUCGCUACAAUUGGCGUCCACCCUACCGUCAUCGAGUUGGACGACCACGAGAUCGCCGCCCUCCCCUCUCCUCCUCCCUCUUCCGACGACGACCAUCCCCGGAAUAACAUCCCUCCCUCCGUCUUCAUUGGCGGCUCCUGCGUCGGCGGCCUCGAGUCCCUCGUCGCCCUCCACCUCACUGGCCACCUCGUCCCCAAGCUCCUCGAAGUUGGUGCCCUCUAGAUCACCUCCAGCAAAUUAGCUACCAAAAAAACUAUAGUUAUAAUUGUAAUUCCCACCUUCAAUUUAUUGUUCUCUCCCUAAGAUUAGUUUGCUUCUUCUUCUUCUUCUUCUUCUUCUUCAUCUUGCUUAGUAAAAACUGUAAGAUAUGGUAUUGUCGUUGUCGCCUAAAUUCUACUUAGCCUGUCGUAUACGGGACAUGAUCCCAUAUUUAAUAGCGUAAGUUCCACGUUGA